UUGAGGGGGAGGAUUUGUACAAAUAUGACUUGUGCAAUGUCUAAAAAGAAUGCGCUAAAACUGUAUAAUCCAUUGACUAAAGCCAAAGAAAAAGCAAGACAGACAGCAAAAGAAGGUAGAAAAAAAUAUGAAGAAGAUCUUCUGGAAGAUGGCUGUUGUCUUUGCAGCUUGGUGCUGCUCCACAUCCUUUGCCUGUCCCCAUAACUGCACUUGCCAUUUAAAUGCCAAUUUCACAGCUGUGGUUUGUAGUUCUUUGCCCAUAGAAGAAUUUCCCACAGACAUACCCAUUAACACAAUUUCACUGUCCAUUGAGUUUACAAAUCUGAGCAACAUUAUGUCACACCACCUCAGGGGGAUGCCCAAACUAAAGGAACUCCAUCUGUCUGGGAAUAAGAUCCGAUUUUUGCCAUCUGGCUUUCUGAAAGAUCUCCCUUUACUUCAGAGUCUUGAUCUUACAGGCAACCUGCUCCAUGAUCUUCCUCAAGAUGUGUUUUGCUGCUCAGCUCUAGAAAAUCUGGUUCUCAAAGGCAAUCAACUAUUGAACGUAAACAGCUCGUUGUUCCAUAAUCUAAACAACUUGACUUGGUUGGACUUAUCUGACAAUCAUCUAGAAUCUUUGCCACUGACUCUGUUAAAAGAUAUGCAGAGUCUAAAGAGCAUUGACCUUUCCAACAAUAAGAUGGAAAAGAUCCCAAAAGGUUUGCUACAGUUUGUCCCUCAAUUAGAAAGGCUGCAUCUCAACAACAACAAGCUUAGCAACAUGGAGGCUGAGAUAUUUAAUAAAAUGGGUAAUCUCACUCAUCUCUUUCUUCAGGAAAAUCUGCUGAAAAAAGUUCCCUAUGAUCUCUUACAAAACUUAAAAUCCCUUGUUUCUCUUGAUCUCAGUGACAAUGGCCUGACUUCCAUCCCACAGGGACUCUUUGAUAAGUUGGAGAGACUUGGAGAAAGUGAAGGCCUGGGUCUUGACUUAAGCAAUAAUCCAUGGAACUGUGACUGCAGCAUCAAAUAUAUGUGGCAAUGGCUUCAAAAUCAUAAAGAGAAGGUCUUUUACUUGGACAAGAUUAGAUGUGAUACACCAGAGCCCCUCAAAAGAAGGAAAGUCAUUUCUUUAUCAGAGAAAGAGAUCAUCUGUUAAAAUAAAUAAAAAUGUAUUGCUCCGACACAAAUUAACAUUACCAUUAAUUGACUCUGCCUUGAGCAAUACCAAUAUACAAUAUAUUUCAGAAUGUUUGAAGAUUGUGUGAAUUUAUUAUUGUUCAUUUUUAAAAUAUCUACUAAGAAAAACUUGAAUGCAUAAAUAACAAAGGAUUAAGUAACAAUAUGCUACUAUAUCUUCUUAUUCAUUUGUCUUUUCAUUUUCAAAACUCACUUUCACUAGUACUGGAUUACAGUAACAUGAAAACUGCUGUACUGCAUUAAAUCAUUAAAUCAUACUGCAUUGUCACACGGGAGCAAGCCUUGGCAUGGCACCACAUGCACCCACACUAACUCAGCCGAUCCACUUAAUAUGAUAGGAAAUGCUUAGAAUAAUUUCACAUUCCACACAGGGGCUCUGCCUGGGAAUUGAUCCGCCAGUAGCAGUAACCUCUAGACCUCAGUGCUGCCUUACACACCUGUGAUUUAAUAGAAUGGCUGUUCAUCUUGCAAAGUUGUUUGAUAGUACACCAGAAACAACUCAAGAGGGUGCUAGAGUCAUGGCCAUCCAGCUGAGGCUCUGCAAAAUUUGUCAUCAACAACACCGAACUGAAAGUGUUGCUCUGUUUGUGGGUGUCAGCAUGUCUGUUUCAAAAUUUGUUAAAAAAAUUAAUAAACUUUAACAUUCAGAUUAACUGAAUUAGAUUGUUAUUGCGUGGUCAAGACUAUUAAAUUUGGAACAAUUUCCUAAAUGUCUAUGGGAAAAUUAUCUAUGAUAACAUUUAAAAGUGUGUUAUUGGUCAAAAGUGAAUUACAAAAUAGAACAAAUACACUGAUAUAUUAAUUUGUAUUUUUUUUAAGUCUUCUUAAGUUUAUUCUACAUGAUAUUAUUUUCUAUUAUGCUCUGUUGUUAGAUCAGCACAGUAUUGUACCAUACUGGAUCUCUGGUCCGCAGCAUUUGACAUGAAACUCAAGUCCACUCUUAGAUUUUUCCUACAUUUGUUACAAUCACAAGUCCAGUUUCCUUAUUGCCUGGAGAUUGUAAUGUGCAUUAGACUCUAUAUGUGUGUGCCUACUACCCAUCUCAUAGUAUCAGUUUUUGUCUUGUACCCAUUGAUGGAUACAGUAACCUCAGGAUGGCAGAGUCAGAGUAGAGUUAAAUCAUUUUUUUUCUUUUUCUGUAACAUAACAUUCUGAAACCCACUAGAUGAACAUUAGGCCAAGGGCAGAUAAA